AUGCCCGUCCCGCUGCUCUCGCUGCUGCUGCGCGCGCUGCUGUCCCGCCUGCUGCUGCCUGCUGCCCGCCUGGCCCGCCAGCACCUCCUGCCCCUCCUGCGCCGACUUGCUCGCCGCCUGGGCUCCCAGGACAUGCGACAGGCUCUCUUGGGAUGUCUGCUCUUUGUCCUCAGCCAGCAACACCCGCCGGACGCUGGUGAGGCCUCCAGAGAGGCCCUCUCAGAGAGGAGAGGGAGGCUAGCCCCCCAAAAGUGAGGCCACAAGUCCUGGAGGCAGAUGUAUCCAUCGAAAUGCUUUGUUUUGGAGUAGGACAGUCCUGGCACUGUCACUGACCCUCAAGAGACACA